AUGUCCCAAAUCGCCAUGCUGCAGAAAGAGAAAAGCAAGCGACAACAAAAGCCGCUUUCUGAUUCCAGCGGCAUUAGUAAUAAAGGCACUGGAAACUUUCUUUCAUUGGACGCACAAACGCUUCUGGCCCACAGAUGUGAUACGCAAGAAUGGGUUGGCAUUUGUGAUGUUGUUUUCCCUACCUUCGGAAGAGGCGUUGUCAGCACACAGGCCUUCCAGAAGGAUGAUAUUAUCAUGGACUACCAUGGGGUUGCUGUGACAGAUAAAACAUAUCAAGAUUUGAUAAGGAACCGUUCUGUUCCGACUGAAUUUGUGCUGGAAAUUGGCGCGCCUGUGAAGCGUUUCAUCGAUGCUUCUUCAGAAGUGUGUGUUGAACAUCCAACCAACCGCUGUCUUGGUCGACUGGCUAAUCACAGCACGCUAAACUCCAAGAAGAAUUUGGAUGCGAAUAUGAAGAUCAUAGAAGUUGUUCUUAAUGCCUUCGAUCCGCCAAAACGAUUAGCUGUAUUCAAAGUCCGAAGAAACAUUGAGCCUUUCGAACAGCUACGGUACGAUUAUGGCGAUAAAGUUGCUCGAUACAUGUUCAACAUGUGA